AUUGGUUGUUUUGUCAUACAGCUUUGCUUUUAUAUCACAUGCUGCCAAAUCUCCUUUGAAAGAAAUUGAUUCAGAAAGAAUCCAGCAUAAUAGAAAGAUGAUUUCACAUGGUGUAGAGCCAAAAUGAGAAUAAAUGAUGGAAUGAGUGGAGAUACAAUGGAAAAUGAACUUUUCAACUCUAUCGUCAGACCAUGGACGUCUUGACCUUGAGUGGCUAAGUUAUGUUGCCCCAGACAAAGCAAAGGAACUCCUCCUAAGCAUUCGAGAAUUAGGACAAAAGAGCGUUGAAUGUGUUGGGCUUUUAUCUCUUAAUCAGUUGGCAUUUCCAAAACAACUGAACCAACAGAAAGAUGCUGCAAAAUUAAAGGAAACUGCAAACCAUGCGGCUCUAAUCAUCAAGAGCAGGGUCUAUUUGUCAAAGGCACUUUUUAUGUAUUACUUACAAUUUUCUUACUUUCAAUAUGUCGUUAUUGAAGAAUUGUUGGCAUUAUUAUCUGCCAUCAAUAUAAAACUGAGUGAUCAGUGUUCAGUCCUAUUAUCUUGGGUUUAUAUACAAUCUAAAUCAUAUGUAGAUCUAGCAUUGACACGAUAG